AUGGCGAUCUCGCCUACCAUAUCCACGUCCACCGUCCUGACCAUCGACGACCUACUGCUGGAGCUUGAGCCUGAUCUGCUGCGAGGGGCUCCGCUGCACGUUUGCCUCAAUAGAUGCGGCAGGUAUUGGGUCCAGGAGAGCGACCAAGAUCAGGUGAACAGGUUGACUCGGCCAGCCGAGCAGUAUCACCAUUUUCUUAGUCAUGACUGGGGGACGAGUGCUUGGUUGAAGUACGUCUCCCUACUCAUCUACUACAACUCCGGUGCUGCCACGCUGGCCACGAUCCUGGUCAGCGCAGCACUGGGUGUUGCCGUUGCCUGUGACGUCCUACCGGAGGUGGCGUGGAUGCCCGUGUUUGGAUACUUGGUGUUUUUCACUUUUCUCCUCUUCUGGCAACAGCUCCGACGGCUCGUAUUGCGACCGAUGAUCGUUUUUCUCGACAAGCUCUGCAUCCCGCAAGACGACGAAGACCUGAAGGCUCGUUGCAUCUUCGGGCUCGCCGGAUUUCUGGACAGAGCAGAGACGCUGGUGGUGCUGUGGUCUCCUAGGUACUUUGCACGGCUGUGGUGCACCUAUGAAAUUGCGACCUGGUUGAAGAACCAGGGCAAGCCGAAGCCGGUGGUGUUCUUGCCAGUGCAAAUCUCGAUACUCUUCAUGAUCUGCUUUUUGGUCGUGAGCCUGGUUCAAGCGACAACAGUCCUGGCGGAAACCGCAUUGCUGCAAUCGACAGCGUCAGAAUGGACAGUGGACGCGAUCUUCCUGUUGAUUGGCAUCAACGCAAUUAUGGCUUCCAUCCUGCUCCCUCUGUGUUUCUUCUUUUGGACGAAGAUGUUUAAAGAUGUUGCGGAGCUUCAUCGUCAACUAACAUCCUUUAAAGUGCAGGAGACCAGCUGCUACUGUUGCACCCAGAGACACCGCGAUCCGGCAACCGGCGCGGUGAUUUCUUGCGACCGAAAGUUGAUCUACGGUGUCUUGAAGAAGUGGUAUGGCGGGGCCAAGAAGAACUACCUCGAGGUUUUCAAUGGUUUGGUCCGCGAACAGCUCUCUUUGCCGAUCCAGCGCAAGCUUCAGGAUAACACCUUGCUUCUGCAGUACCUGGCGGCCGCGGGGCUGGCGGCUAUCUGCCCCUUCUUCGCUAUGUGGAUACCGAGACUGGCACGGUCGUACGCGGAAGAAGGUUCGAUUGGACUUCUGCGAAGACUCCAGCCGAAGGUCUACUUGAUCCUGCUUGUCCUCUGCAUGCUGCACGUCAGUGUGCUUAUCGGCAAAGCCGGAGUAGACCUGGCCAGUUGCUUCAAUCCAAUUCUCUUGGCCUGUGGGCAGGCAUGCUUCGAAACGCUGAUGUGCCUGAUGCUCUGGUUCCCCUUUAGCGUGAGCAUGUUCAUGACGGACGAGAAUAGCUACCUCCCGGCCGUGACUCUCGGUGUCCUCUUCCUCGUGGAUAUCUACCUCUUUUACCCGAGCCUUACCAAAGCCUGCUUUUGCAAGAGGAUUACGAUGCUGAUUAAGGCCCUUGCCGGAAGGCACUAG